AUGGCUUCCUCGCUGCAUCUCUGGACCCGCAGCGACUGUGACUCGAGCGACAGUACUUGCGGGGAGAAGCCCGUCAGCAAUUUCCUCAAGAGCGGUGUUCCGGGCAUUGUCACUGGCGUGAUCGUACUGGGUGCUAUCGUGGCGUUCAUCGUCCUGCAUGUCCGCAACAAGAAACGCGAUGCCCGCGAAGAUCAAGAGAUUCGCAAGUGGAACGAGGUCAACGUAUGA